CCCAGGUUUGGGAUCUGAUUGCACAAUCCAACGGUGCCGUGUCUAGUCUGACAGCAGGGAGGCAGACAGACACACAGACACACCAGGAGGAGUAAAGGAACCACACAGGAACAUGAGGAACAUCUUUCACCUUCUCCUCCUCCUGCCCCUGCUCCUGGUCGCUGCCGCGGAGAGUCCACCGGAGGAAUCUGUCCCUCACACAAUUGGUCAACACCAAAUGCAGCAAACAAUGGAUGUGUUAUGGCCUCAUAUCCAUCUCCAGCCCCCUACAGCCAAGCCGCCCUCUGAUCUGGUGUCUCAGGAGUGUCUGAAGAAGAGCUACACCCACCUGUCCUGCGCUAAAGUGUUCUGCCCGCCGUGGAGACGCUGCAUCUCAGGCCAGUGUGUGUGUAAGCUGCCGUACCAGUGUCUGCGUCGGGGCAGACCCGUGUGCGGGAUGGACGGGCGCAGUUACUUCUCCCUGUGUCAGGCACAGGCUAUCGCCUGCAGGAGUAAAACAGUGAUGUUCUCCCAUUACGGGAGCACAUGUGGAGGUAACGGCACUUUUAAGGUGCAUCUAGAGAAGUCUGGUCAUCAUGAGGUGGUCUUGGUGGAAGUGGAUGGACUACAAGGGAAAACUCUGGUGUGUGGAGAUGACUGGUGGGAUACUGCUGCAGCUAAUGUCGUAUGUCGGCACAAGAAAAAAAUAGCAAGGGGCGCUGUUGCUGCGCUGAGGGUGAAGCAGCACGAGCGCCACACUGAGGGAGCGUGGCCACAGUGCGUGCGUGUGAGAUGCACUGGAUCAGAGCUCUCAUUGGCUGAAUGCACCCUCUCCAAACCCCAGUCACUUCUGUUAAACAGUGAUGUUGCAGCUGUGCAGUGCGACCACAAUGAACCAGGGGAGGUGGUGUGUCGGGAAUUCCGCUGUGGGAAUGGGAAGUGUGUUUCCUGGGAGCAGGCCUGUAACGGGAUCGAUGACUGUGGCGACCGCAGUGAUGAGAUGUGCUGUAAAGGUUGCCACAGAGGUGCAUUCUUCUGCAAGACUGGCGUGUGUAUUCACCCACAUGCGCUCGGAGACAAGAUCAGGGACUGUCUGGGAGGAGAGGAUGAGUUACACACUCUUACCCAAAACAUUACUAGUUUGGAUUCAACAGUGGAAUCUGAAAAAGAAGCCGUUUUGUCACACCUGAAGGACGAUAUCCUGGAUGUGCGUAAUGUCACUGAGAGCCAGCUCCACUGUGGCAUACCCAACAUGGAAUACAUCUACAAGACGGAGGAGGAAACUCGCCACACCCGCGUGAAACGUGUGGUGGGGGGCGAGGAGGCUUUACCGACGCAGAUCCAGUGGCAGGUAGCAGUGGUUGAGGAUGGGCAGAUUCACUGUGGUGGAGCCUAUCUCGGAGGCUGCUGGGUGCUGACCGCUGCCCACUGUGUCAGGCCAAAACCCAAAGCCUUCCAGAUCAAGUUCUCUAUCUGGAAGAAGCUGUCUCUGCUGAACACGACCGACAUCGUCCCGGUUAAGAACAUCAUCAUCCACCAAGACUAUAACCCGAGCACCUACCAGAAUGACAUUGCCCUGGUGCAGCUGAAGGAGCUCAACCUCAUGCCCGGGUGCCUGAAGCCCAACCCUGCCGUGCGGGCCGUGUGCGUGCCCUGGUCCACGCUGCAGUUCCAGCCCGGAAGCACCUGCUCUAUCUCCGGCUGGGGCAGGAACAAAGUGGGAGAUACUGCAAAUAUUCUGAAAUGGGCCAACGUGACAUUAAUUGAAGACUGUGGGAAAUACUACUCCGACCGAUUUUAUGAAGGCAUGGAAUGUGCAGGUGAUCUGGAGGGGAAGGUGGACUCGUGCCAGGGUGACUCAGGCGGGCCGCUGGUGUGCACAGACGCGAGCGGAAUGUCCUACGUGUGGGGCAUCGUGAGCUGGGGUGAGAAGUGUGGCGAGGUGGGAUUCCCCGGCGUCUACACUAAAGUGGCCCACUACUUCGAAUGGAUCCGCUUCCACAUGGGCUGGCAAGCUGUCACCAAGUUCAACCAGUGAGGCUUCAACGCCACAUACAAGCCUGCGUGUAGUGCACCUAGUCACGUGUGCAGUGUUACCCAGAUACCCCUGUACUAGGCUGCCGUAGGUGUUAACUUCAGUGCAUAUUUGUUUGUCUUUCUUCUCUAUUAAAAUGUUAACAGACCAACUAGAGACUUUGUUCUCCUAAACUACAUGUGUGUUUUAUGCCCCAUAAGUCACUGCGUUUCUGCUCCAGUACCA